CUCGUCAAUCCUCCAUCCAUCAUCAUCAUCAUCAUCCUCCUCCUCCUCCUCCUCUCUUUCAUUGACGCUCCAACCGCCAUCUUCGUGUCACUUCACGCCUCUUGCUCCUGAUCCACACUCACCCUCUUUCCUCUCCCUCGUGCUCAAUCAUUUUGCUCAACUGUCUCACAAUCGGCAUCUAGCUGCGCCCCUCACCCCACCCACAUCGCCGCCGGCCUCGAGCAUCGCCUCUGUUUACCUUAUCGGCACCUCCCCCGCGCUCCGACAACACGUCUUUCUCUUUGCUCCUCCCUCACAGUACGCCGCCCACCAGAUGGGCUAUCUGGAUCAACGUCUGCCCAUCACCACCUUCAUCUCGUCGACCAGGCCACAUUGAGCACUCAACAUGGCAGGCACACACGCCGCCAUGCCAAAUGGCACUGAUCAAGGCGCAACUGGCCCAUCUUCGGCCGCGAAUGGAUCACAAAGCUCCCAGGAGCCCGAAACGCGACCCCCGUCAGAAUUGUCCAAGAAGGUCGACGUAUCGCACUUUCCGCACUACGGCCUGAAGAGGGGCAUGGCGUGCACUUUCUGUCGGCGCCGAAAGCUGCGAUGCUCAGGCGAUCGCCCUCAGUGCACAAACUGCGUAAAGUAUACCAAGGUGUGCGAGUAUGGACCACCCGUCAAGUCGGAGAAGAAGAAGCAGCAACAGCAGGCACAGCAGGCACAGCAACAGCAACUUCAGCACCAGCAGCACCAACAGCAACAACAUCACUCGCACCAACAUCAGCAUCAACAGCCACAGCAUACUCAGGCGCCAAUGUACCCACUCCCGCAGCACCACCAGCCCGCGUACAGCAACGCGCCAUAUGGGAACGGGAUGCCCAUGGGCUCAGCUGCUGUGUCGGAAUACACGUCCACGCAUCAGUUACCAGUUGGCGCCAUUUACAACAGCGAACCUGUUGCACCCUCUGUCUCGCUCGACUACAUGAACGACGUGCUCUUGGAGCCUGGAUUGUUGGAACAGGACAGCUACUCGGCGGGCAUGGCAUCGUACCAAGGCCUGAGCGUGUUCGACAGUGGCUCCGCCGACUUUAGCCAGCCGUCGCCUUUUGCGAAUUCGUCAAUGCCGACAUCAUCAUCCGCAGGGCUUAGUCACCAUCAUUCACAGGCAUCAGCCCCGUCUAUAGCGCAACAGCAGCAUCUCGCUCAGCCCGUCAUCGGAAUGCCUCCUUACGUUGCACCGAGUGGACCAGAGACUUUCUCGUUUCCCGAUACGUCCACAAACCCCAACACCCUUCAAAACCCGUGGUCGACGACAGCAUCGACGUCCUAUCCGACUCCACAGAACUCGACGGGUUACGAGACAACCCCGAGCGUCAAGGCCCAAUCGCAGACAUCAAUGUUCACGGACACAUCCAUGACUACCGAGCCCAUCUUUGACCCGUCCGUGUCAUCAAUUCCAGAGGCUACUGCUUCUAUCACGCAGAUCGCUUCCGAUCCCUCUACUCCAGAUGAGCGACCUCGGCCCAAGCCGCAGAAGUCGGGGACCGGUUCGUCUGGCCAGGCAACACCAGAGCUCAGCAAUCGCCUUGCGUCAAGAAUGUACCAUCAGACAAACCUGCAUUAUGUUGCUAAUCUCACACCGGUUGACGGGUUAACGGAGCGACUUGGCGAGUUCCUGUUCAGCCCGAACUCGAGUGCCGUGAAGGAUGACGACGGAUCGAAGCGCGCGAGGCAUCAUCGUACGAGCAGUGGGACGCAAAGAGGAGGCGGCUCACGGGCGCAAGACAACUCUUCAUCUGUCAACCGCAUGCGCACGGAGUAUGACGGUUUGACGGAGGCUGCGCGCACGAUCUUGCUUGACUGCUUCCUGGCUCACGCACCGCUGUUCUUCGAGAUGAGCGUCCCUCGGUUCCGCUACCGCAUGUCAUUUACGGACAAGCGAAGACCAAGUCUCGCUCUUUUGAAUGUCAUGUACCUGUGGGCGACGCGUAUGUCUAACUCGCCGCAAAUGGUGAACAUGGAAAAGCACUUCUUCGAGGAGGCGUGCAAGUACCUCGAGAUGUCGACAUCCACUGUGGACCGCCUCAUUGACGCAGUACGCGCGGCCAUGUUGUUAGCCGUCUACUCGCACUCAUCUGGACGACAUCACGAAGGCUGGUGUCUAGGUGGACUCGCGAACCGCCUCGUGUUGUCGUGUGGCCUGCACCGUAUACAGUCCAACGUGCACAGGCCAGAGCCCAAGAAAAAUCCCUUCCUCCGCAACCGUGUGUUCCUUCUUCCGCCUCCCGUGGACGCGGUCGAGCUGGGCGAGAGGUUACAUCUUUUCUGGGCGUGCCUCGCGACGGACCGCUGCAGCUCGUUGGCGACGGGCUAUUCGUCUGGACUAAAGGACGAUGACAUUUCGACUCCGUUUGCGCGCCACCUCACCGACAUCGCCUCCGGGAGCGUCUCUGAGCGCGAUGACUAUACGAUUCGAGACAUAUAUCGUGGCCGCGCGCUCGAUUUCAGUAACGACACCCCGUACACCAAGUGGGCCAAGUGUGUGGUCAUCCUCGAGCGCGCGAGUAAGCUGCCAUUCCUGGAACCGGCGGAAGACUCGCCCUACAUCCAGGCCUGGAACCAGUAUCACCUUCUGGUCCACCGUAACCCGUUGCAAGCGCCGCCGCCCGAGUGUCUCAACCAGCCUCAGUACCGUAAUCCGCGGGAUUACCGCGAGUGCUUGCACGCCAUCGACAGUCAUGUGCAGGGUUUGGGCCCGGACGGAGUGUUCCCGGUGGUGCGCAAAAUGCAGGCGCAGCAGGAAGGCGCGCCCGAGCCCGAGAUCACGACCAACAUCCUCAUGCUGCACCACAUGAUCACGGCGGUGUACAUGCUCCUGAACGACAUCAACUCGCUGGACGUCGAGAACAACGAGGCGCUGAAGGCCGCGCGGAAGAGCGUGGUGCUGUUCCGCGCUAUGCCGCAGUUGCCGUUCACGGACGUGGACGCUUUCCUCGUGCUAAUCUGGAGCUUGAUCGCCAAGGUGUUGAUUAAAGAGGCGCACCGCCUCAUGAAGAUGGGGGAAGGGGACGCCGCGCGCGGCGUGGCUGCCGAAGCCGAGACGGUGAUCGGGGAGAUGGCGCGUAUCGGAGAGACAAUGUACUUGGCGCGGACGCAGGCCAAGGCUGUCGAGGAGCUCAAGGAGGCGGCGCUCUCGCCGGCGGGCGACACGGACGGUGUGCCCCAGCUGGAGAGCUUCAUGUUCCCUCAGCAGAUGUAGUAUGAUGGAUCAUCAAUUGCAAAUCUACGACUGCAGCACAAAGUUUUAGCCAUGAGAUUAAU